ACUCGAUAUUACGAAAGAAAACAAAACAAACCCAACUUUCUAUCCUUCGAGAUUUGAUUUACUUUAUAACGAUUGUAUUUCUCAGCUUACCUUUGAAGAAUCGACUGCAUAAUUCUCACCGAAGUCGAGAAUCACCAUGGCGCCUUCGUUCUUAAAUUUCAAAGACUUUCGACGACGGUCGCGAGCUAGCAUCCGCACUGAUCGUUCUACUGACACUUCGAGUUACGAUGACCACCAGAGCCAGAACACAACUCCUACCAACGGGUCAAUUACGCCACCUUCCAUAACGGCCAAUUCGGACCCGGCUCUUAAUGCCCAAUUAAAAGACCUACCUCAACCUCCUCCAGUUCCCGCCAACAGGCCGCCACCUCAACCAAACUCUAACAAUAGAUAUGGUGUAUCCGGGAUGGCUGGGCUGGGGUCUCCUGCGCUGAACGGCAAAUCCUCACUGCCUGUAUCUCAAUACUCUCCUCGAAUUACUAACCUUGGAGAAAAUACAUGGGUCUCGCAAAAGAUUCUCCUCAUCAAUGGUAUGGUAGGGGAGCCAGGACAGCGAUCGCUCGAGGGAUCUGUUACAGUUUGCAAGCUAGAUGAUGGAUUCCCACCAACGUACUGGCCAGUCUGCGAGUCGCAGUUCAAAGCUAUGGUAUACCUUGUGCCUGGCGCAAAUAGACUUCGUUUCGAUUUCUCGAGCCCGAAGCUCGCCAACAGUGGUUCUUCAAACCCGAUACAUUCGUCAUAUCUCACAGUGCACAUGGUCCCCCCGAUGAACUCACCGCCGCUGCAACUUGCCAUUCUCCUUGCCAAGGACUCUCCGGGCACCUUCGAUGCUGUUCCUGCCCGAGUGGAGAGGGAAGGCAAUGACCUCGAUACAGCUAUUCGCAAAUUCCGAAUGGCCGCUUACCUAUGGCAAGCUUUUACCGCCGAACAGAUGUGGAGAAAUAAGCUCGGACGACGAGUGUUUAGAUUUGAAGAAGAGUGGACUACAGGCACUUGCAAUUAUCGGGAUAGGGAGAUGGGCAUGAUGCGAUCAGAGGCACGCAUUCACGUUAUCCGAUCAGACAAGACGAUGGCCGAAAUUAGAGACCUGGAUAUCGCGCAGCAAAAUCCCAACGCGACGAAGAAGGGUGAUCUUUAUGGUAUUGCUACAGAUGCGCUGAAAAACUAUUUUAAGCCACUUCCAGGGCAGACGCAGUAUGUUUCAGUGUUGAUCCUAGACUCGCACUGGGAUACGCAAUCAAAGAUCGUCACCGGACAUGCAGCCUUGGGCGGCAAUUCCGGAGAUCUACACAUGGCAAUUUUCGGGUCCCAUUGUCUACAAAGCUAUCCUACGAGUUUUGAAGAGGUUGUCCCUGCAUUUACUGACUGUACCCCCACCGACACUAACUUCGUCGCCAAUGACUGCAAUGAAUCUGGAAGCUCUUGGGAAGCCGCCAAUAUCGGGAUUGGCGCCCAUCUUCACGAAACCGGUCAUCUUUUCGGAUGUCCGCAUCAGGAAAAUGGAGUUAUGUUAAGAGACUAUGUCACAUUGAAUCGUACAUUCGUGGCCCACGAGGCUUACGCCACACGAACUAAGUCGAAAGGAGGGCCGGUGUCUCAAGCCGACGAGUGUACCUGGCACCGCCUUGAUUGCCUACGAUUCCGCAGCCACCCUUGUUUUAGGCUCCCGAACGAUCCGAUUUUAAACCCAGACGGAAGUGUCCAAGCUUGGCCGGUCGAGAAUGGACAUGUUCAGAUAACAGCAGCUACGGGUGUGUCGUUUAUAGAAAUCUAUCCUGAAGGUGACGAUCUCUGCCACACUUGGAUCGAAUACCCGAUGGAGAGUGGUCCAGUGCAGCGAAACCUAACCCUUACAGAACAAGAACUUCGCGACAGACUCCCAGAGAAAAAGCGAAAAUCGAAGAUAAAGGUCUGCAUUAAAUCACACGGCGGUGGGAAUCUUGACAUAAAUGACUUCCAUGACUUAUGCUCCAAGUCAUCUUCCCUGAAGAUAUCUUUUGGUAAAUCAGCGUAUCGCAGUGAUAAGCUUGGCUUCUCGCAAAUGGAGGGAAGUGAGCCGCAAGAGUUCCUUUUCACAAGUGUCACGCAAAAAACUCGAGUUCUCUCUCGUGUGAUAGUUUAUCAUGGAUUUGCUUUGGACGGACUCGAGUUUUCCUACGAUGACGGUUCCAGCCAGUUGUUUGGAAAGCGUGGGGGCAAGCCUGGCGGCGAUACGUUUGAGAUGGAUAUUCGACGAGGCGAAUACAUCACUGGUUUCUUUGUGAGGUCAGGUCUAUGGAUAGACGGCAUCCAGGUCCUGACGAGCCUGGGAAGAAAGUCACCCAUCUACGGCAAUGCGCAUGGUGGAUCUCCUCACACACUACUUCCACCGCGCGGCUACACUGUCUGUGGAGUGUCAGGAUCCUGUGCAGCUUGGAUUGACGGUUUUGGCGUCAUCAUCGCGCGAUGAAUAAGACAUUCGGUAUAAACUCCGAAUGAGUGAUAAGGGUGGUGAAUACAGGAAACUGCACUCGCCUCGCCCUAAUGGCGGAUUACUAGUUGCAUCCUCGAGGGAUUUGAUGGGUUUUCGCAUCUGCAUAUUCAUUUUGUUACGGACGGCAUAAUAUCCCCGGCAUACACAGGAUUCGCUACUUGGGUUUUCUCUUGUCUUAUUCGCUUCGCAUCUAGCAUACAUAAUUACCGCAUCAUAUUCGCGUCGGACCAUUGGAGUGUCCAGGGAAAGGGUCAGGUUUUGAUCUGGCAAGCAUAGCAAGACGGGCAGGCAAUCCGGUACCAUUCUGAUAGGUGGAAAACGGUUGGUAGUAGGGCUCAGGGGUUGGCUUCAUUAAGCUAAAUCAUUGGAGAUAUACACGUCCGAGAUAACGUAAGUGACGUUGUCUUUCGAAAGAGAAUACCCUAAUUAUUCGUGCUGGCUCUUUUUCAUCAGUCGAGCUAGUCGGGGAGAUGAUGAUAGAGAUGGUGGUGUUGCUACCCAAAUCUUUGUACAUAGAGAGUGAGCAGCAUCCAGGAACUAAUAGUGUGUCUCUGUGCCAAAAGGAGCCACUUCGAAAUGCGUCGUGUUAGUUUGUGAAUGGUUGACAUGACGGUGCCAUUUAGAGGAGUUGGAUUGUACGAGCACCUAUACCUAGCACAAUUUAUCUAUCGGCAUUGAAUAUGACGACUUAGAAGGU